AAGAAGAACUAAAAAAAACGGUUGGAAAAACUCGAGCUUCAGUCGUUCCACCGCGGGUAUUUGAAGCUCGGGGUUACUGUAUGUGGUUGUUAUGUGUCUUUGUUGUUGACAUUAGCAUCAUCAAAUAAGCGUCUCUCAUGUAAUGCAGCACAUAAAUGUCCCUCCGGCUGUGCUGUAUUCUCGUCAUUGUUAUCUUGAGCAAAUAACCCUACAGCUCUUGAGUUGAGUUGACUGCCAUAGGAAUGACACAGAAAUACCAGAACCCCAAACUUUCAGCGGGGCACUCCGACACUGAGUGGCUGACACCUGCUGUGUCUGAAAAGUUCCAGAGCCGUUUAGGAUGGCGGUCCGGCACUGGAGAAAAUGGGAACAUGGGGCUAGGGGCCUCUGACAACACAGAAGAUUUCUGCAGCGUUGGCAGCAGCCCAUCCUUCCAGCCAAUUCGCAGUCAGAUCCCCAUCCCCACCGCACAUGUCAUGCCCUCCACGGCUGGAGCUCUGGCCUCCAAGCCUAAGCCACAUGCCGCUGAUGAGACCCGGGCGUCCUCUAGCUCAUCCAGCUCCAAGUCAUCCCUCCCCAAAUCUGUGUCCUCGCCCAACCUGGACGUUCCACAUGAAGGAAAUUUAGAUGCAACUUCAGUCAAACCGGAUUGUCUGAGCAGAUAUCGCAGUCUAGUAAAUGGACUCGACCACUCGCUUUUCCCCUCUGGAGAUCAAACAAGACUUGAUGAAUACCAGAAGUUUGAUGUACCCGCAAUGGAGCCCACACUUAAUCAGUCUGCUCUGCUCGGGGGCCUUUGCCUGGAUGUGCGGCAACAGCUGCAAAUGACCGGGCUUGCGGAAAAUACUGGCUUGCUUGAACAGACCUAUAAAGUAUUACCAGAGACCAGGGCAGCUCUUGCCUGUGCAGCAGACACCUAUGGCCAAAGGAACGUUCAUUCAGGGUCUGGUGCCAGGAUGUUUUCUGUACCUCAGGGCCUGCACACUCAGGCUCUCUUGAGGGACCAGUCCAACACUGGAGCUUAUGAUCCCUUACUGCAGGAACGCUGUAGUGAACUGGCCAGCUGGCAGCAGCAGAAGCAGAAACUUGAGAGUCUGCGGCUGCAGGUGGAACAAAUGCAGUUAAUGACAGGAGGGGGUGCACAAUAUGCUUCUCUCUAUCCAACAACUCCUCACACAGAAAACAGUAAGUGGGAUGCUGUCAUCAAAGCCAAUGAAAACUUGCUGAAAGACAAAGAAUUUAUCAUUGAAAGGCAGAAACAGCAAAUGUCUCUGUUGGAGCAACGUCUUCGAGAGAGUGAACUGCAGGUGCACAGUGCCCUCAUGGGACAUGGAGCCCCUUACACAGACAUGUGUCUUUUGAGACUACAGGAAGCCCAGCGGGAAAAUGCCUUUUUGCGAGCCCAGUUUGCUGAACGCAACGACUGCUUUUCCAAGGAGAAGCUUGAAGCUGACCGGAGACUGGGUGCUGUGGAAGCCGAGAUGCAGCGUUUGAAUGAGAUCUUGAAAGAAAGCAGUGAAAAACACUCAGAGGAGCUCAAGAAACAAGAGGAGAGGAUCCGCAGUCGAGACAAGCACAUCAACAGCUUGAAAAAGAAGUGCCAGAAGGAGUCUGAGCAGAACAGAGAAAAGCAGCAACGUAUUGAGACGCUUGAGAGAUAUCUGGCUGACCUCCCCACAAUGGAAGACUAUCAGGCCCAGCACAAAAAGCUGGAGGAGAUGGAGGAGAGGGCAUCUCUGUUGCAGGCCACUGUCAAAGAUCUGGAGGUCCAACUGGCGGAGUCCUGCAGUGCUGUACGCAAUAAAGAGACCCAACUGGAAGAACAAAGACGCAAGGAGAGAGAACUACUUACAACAGUCACCAGUCUCCAGAACAGAGUGAAGGAAAGCCUUGAGGAUGGGGUGAGAUUACCCUCUCUUGAUGUAGAGAAGCUACGAGAAGAAAACACAACCUUGAAAGAAGAGCAACAACGGCUCAAAAAGGUCAUUGAGAAGCAACUGAGAAUAAUGGAGCAGCUGGGCUCACAGAUCAGGACUCUAGAGGAGCAGCUUUCUCAGGAAGAGUGCAGUAUUCUGGCCCUGCGAGAGGAGGUUGCAGAGAAAGAGGAGGGUCUGCAACAGUUACGCACCGUUAUGAAGGAGCUCUCAGUGCAGAACCAGGAGCUGAUGGAGCACAAACUCACUCUGCAGGAGCGUCUUCAGGGUGACUCGUCGUCAAGUGGUCUUGGUCUGUCUGAUAGAAGUGCUCCAAUGAUCCCUGCAUGUGCCCGGCUCACCCAGAGGCUGUAUGGAGAGAUGGCCUCCUGUCUGUGUGACCUCCGCUUCCUCUGCAACGUUCUCACCCAGCGAGCACAGGGCAGUGACCCAAACUUAUCCAUGCUGCUUGGCAUUGCAUCUCCCCCUCCAGUAGCAGAGCAGUGGGAGGACUGGCUCAGCCCUGAGGGCCUGCAGAUGAAGAUACUAGAAGCUCAGCAGCUACGACGAGAAGUUGAGGAACUGAGAACCACCAUCUCUGACCGUUAUGCUCAAGACAUGGGAGAAAACUGCAUCACUCAGUGAGCCUGGACAAAGCAGUUUGUGCUCAGUGAUGGUAACUUUGAAACAAGAGAACAGUUUGACAUCAUCGUUUGGUGCCUUUCAAAGAUUUUGAGAUGCUAGAAGCUCUACGAAAACAAGCCUUCUCCACGACGGGCUAACAACACUAAUGACAAAAUAAUCUACAAAAUCAGAGGGAUAUUUUUAUACAAAGCUUUCAUAAGAUAUUUUACCAAAACGUCUUUUUGUGCAGUGGAAAGAGAGAUGUUAUUUAAUAUUAACCUUUCCAUGUAUUUGGGAAUGCCUGUGAUGUUGACAAUCAACUGAUAAAUCAUUUUUGUGUUAAGAAAUAACAUGCCAUUUUUUUACAAUGGUAAAGUGUCUACUAUAGAGCGUGGCUUCGUCGCAUGUAAUGACAGGUCACAUUUAAUGAGUCAUCUAUCAUCUCAAAGAAAACCGAACAUGCCACACCAAACAUGGCAUUUAAGGCUGAGGAAAAACUUGGGCAAAAUCUCUAGUUGUUUGAGAUAUUAAUUGAAACAUUUUGUGUUUAACCUCCGUAUAUGUUAAAGACAUGUCCAAACCAUUUCACUAAUACUGUAAGGAGUCAUGUUGUAAACAGUAUUAUGGAGACCAAUAAAUAGUGACACAAUUUUAAGCAGAAUGAUGCAAGGUAAGUUAGGUAAGCGGACUUCUCCCUUAAACAACUCAAAAAUCAAUUGCAUAUAAGUCAUGUUCUGUUUAAUAUAGUUUGUUCCACAAAGGAGAGAUGGGCUUAAACACGGCACUUUCUGAUUAGUUUCAGUAUUUUCAAAGUCGCUCAUAUUUUACUUUGAUCCAAGUACCUCACAGUAUUUACAGACUCUGUAUUGCUGUCAAAUAUAAAUGGUAAUUGUUUGAAUGGUUAGUUUCCAUUGAGAGGUCUUGCCAAUAAGACAUGGGAUGGGAUGUGCUUUGUUGUAAUCCAUAUUAUAUUAGCUGUCUGGCUCAUAAUUUGUUUGAUCGGCUGUGAAAAUAAGAUCAUUAAAUCAAUACACCAGACAAAGUAAACGUAUGAAGCAAAAAUUGUAUUUGCGAGUGCACUGUUAAACAUUACACCUGGUGCCUUAAGAUCUGUGAAUUAAUCUGUAAUUGCUGAAUUUCUAAUAGCUUUACAGCAUAACAUACCAAUGUAAACACUAAGUGUCUCUGUCUAAUAUAAUGUGCUACUGCCAAGAUUUUUGGAUUGCAAAAUGGGCACAUAUGUAUUGUGAUUGAGUAUUGCCAGGAAAAUUGUAAUGUUUGGUCCAGAAUCAUCUCUUAACCAGUGUGAUCAUAAUGUGAUGAUGCUUUACAUUUUUUUUUUUUUAUAUAUAUAUAUUGUAUUUCAUUCAGGUUUUAACACUAAACCAGCCAGGCAAGCAUCAUAUGCCAAAAAUUUAUAAUGACACUAAAUGUUUAUAUAUAGACUUAUUGGUCUUAUGUUUAUCUCCUUUUUAGAAAUAAAGAUUUGUAAUUUCAUAACCUUAUGCUGAAUAUUUGUUUUUAGUAUGUACAAUUCUGAUAGUCCACACAAAAAAAAGAUUUAUCCCGGCCAGUCAUGUAAGAGUGGCUAGUCUUUAUUUGAUGAAGGCCAUUCUUUGUUUCUUUGCUCUCUGUGAGAAGUUUGUGCCUCUUGAUAUUAAUUUGAGAAAUCAGUAAAUGUCAAUAAACCUAUUAAUCAAUUCUGAAGUUU